AUGGCAAUGGCUCGGGUUAGAAUGUUGAUGUUCGCAGCAGUCGCCUGCUGCUUCUUGAUGGGAUCAGCCAGUGCUCAUGAAAAUGAAACCAACGUCAAGCAGCCAAUUAAGCCAAUUAAUCACAUUGUAGGUGGAAGUUUCGGAUGGAGGUUACCUGAGACGAACAAAACCUUCUAUGAUGAUUGGGCAAGAAAUAGAGUAUUUGCCGUAAACGACACCCUUGUUUUCCCAUACCGGUCUGGAACCGGAACUGUGGUGCAGGUGGGCAAGAAGGACUACGAGCACUGCACUCAGAAACAUAUUAAGUACAUGUUUUACAGCGGACCAACAAGUUUCAUCCUCCACGAACCAGGAGACUACUACUUCUACAACGGAAAUGGUAAGCACUGCGAGGGUGGCCAAAAGCUCCACGUCCGAGCUUGUGAAGGAGUGCAAGGAAGUAGUGGAACCAAAUUUUCGUUCAAGAUCAAUCUCGCUGUUGACAGAAAAUCUUCUCCCGUAACUGCCUCGAAGGGGGCCUCAGCGCCGGCACCUUCUCCAGUUGUUGCAGCUGCAGCUCCUGCUCCCAAGGCCUCAGCGGCCACAACCAUUCAAAAUGUUGGCGUCGCUUCUGGCCUUUUCACCAUCCUAUUUUCUUUGUUCAUAUAA